GGCGGCGGGAGCGCUGGGCGGGGCGGCGGCGGGAGCGCUCCGCUGAGCGCUUGGUCGCGCGCGGCCGAGUCGCGGGGGAGCCUCCGCUGCAGUCGCUGCGUCUCCAAGGUGGGGCUGUCAGACCGCCCCCCGCAGAGCUUCCAGCUUCCCCGAGCCUUGGCUACCGUCCGCGGGCCUGUGGCGAUGGAGAGGCGCUGCCGGGACACCUUCCCGCACCCCUGGGAGCAGCGCCCGAGGAUCUGAGGAGCCCUUUAUUCUGCGGUUUCGGUUACGUAAACGGAGCCGAGGGAGCAAUACAUCUUGCUGCUGAGUCUGGGUCCGCGCCGCUUUUGUGAGCUGUAACUCUCACCAGGGAGGUCUGCAGCGAAGGUCUGCAGCUUUGCUCUUGAGGCCAGCCAGACCACGAGCCCACCGGAGAGAACGAACAGCUCCAGACGCGCUGUCUCUGAGAGGUGUAAGUAACACUCACCACUAAGGUAUGAAUUGAAGCCAGCGAGACUAGGAACCCACGGGAAGGAAUGAAUAACUCCAGAGGCGUCACCUUGAAGAGCUGUAACACUCACUGCGAGAGUCCGCGGCUUCAUUCCUAAAGUCAGCGAGACCACAAACCCACCAGAAGGAAGAAACUCCAGACGCAUCUGAACAUCUGAAGGAACAAACUCCAGGUACGCCAUGUUUAAGAACUGUAACACUCACUGCGGGGGUCCGCAGCUUCAUUCUUGACAUCAGCGAGACCAAUAACCCACCAAUUCCAGACACACUGCGUCCGGUGCUGCAGGGGGAAAUGCACAGACUCAAAACUGCCAGCUUUGUUCUGAUUGGGAGCUCUGCCUGCCUGACACGCGGCCUGGGCUGAGAAGAGUGGGGCGGUUCACAGGGAGAGUCCCGCGGAGCAGGAGUGCUGUGCGAUGAUAAUGAAAAACAAGAACCGUCUGCCAAAGAGCUGUGCUGCGCUCAAAUGGGGUCUGAAAUAAGGAAUGGGGUCUGAGCUGCCUCGUUCCUUGGCCCUGUUUAAUGGCGAAGCACCUUCUCGGCAGGAGGGCAGGGCUCCCGGGUCCUAGGAGACCCCUUGGUGGGACAGGAGGGCUGGGUGAGCUCCACAGGAGCUCUGUCCACUCCUUCCGCUGUGAGGGUGGCUUUUGCUUCUGGGGCUUCGGGUCGCUGUCGUCUUUGAUGUUGCUGUCCCGUUCACCAGCGAGGGUCUCUGGAGCUGAGAGCUGUCCAGGCUGAAUGCCCAGUGGGCAGUGUGAGGCCAGGAGCACACUGUGUGGGCCCAGCAGGUGCCUUGCAGUGGAGAUUCCCCUCAGUCCUGCUGGCCAGGGGCCUACCCGGUCUCCCUUGGGGCUGUGCCAUCCCUGUGCUUCAGAUUUACUGGGGGGCUGCUUCUCCCUGGUCCUGAUCCCCUCCACUCCCUCAGUCAGCGACCUGGGACCAGGUCAUGAUGGAGCACUGGGCGUUGCAGAGGGGCCAUCCCAGGGCUUCGGUGCCAAGGUGGGACCUGUGGCCAUGGGACAUUGGAGGGUCCAUCAGGCCCUCAGAAACUUUGCCACCUGCAGGUGCGAGAGGGUCCCGUUCUGGCAGUGGGGUCUGGCCCUGGGGUUUCCUAAACAGGAGUGGGGUUUAAUGACAACAGUCUCCAGGGACUCUGGGCAGGAUUGAAGGCUGUGAUGGCAGCCGGCCCGGGGUGGAGGGUGCUCCCCCUGGACAGGACUUGGGCGUAAAGGUUCUGAAGAGCCCAGCGGCAGUACACCCAGCUGAGCCUGCGGAGGCCAGGGUAUCCGCAUGGGAAUCUGCCCAUGGAGAGAAGACCAGGGACCCCCAGGGUUGCCCAGCAUGCACGCCCACCUGCAGGGCCUGGGACAGCUCCUGUCGCCAGCUGAGAGAUGCCUGAAUACUGCUGAGUGCCUUGGCCCCCACCCCCCAACCUGUUUCCCAAUCAGCUUGUAACACGGUGUGCUCCUCACAGCUCCCUGGAUGCCAGUGCCCCGAGGGCAUGGAAGGAAGGGGUUGGUGAGAGGCGUCUGAGCCAGCAUGGCCCCUGCCAGGGGCAUCCUGCAGUCACAGCACGUUGGACUCCUGGGCAGUGUCUCCAGGGGUAGAGGGAGAAGCUCCCACCCAGGCCCCAGGCCUCCAAAUCACCAGGGAACCCACUGUCAUCCCUGAACAGGGAGUUCUCCAGGGCACGAGCGUCGGCCCCUGCCAGGCAGAAGCACGCAGGGCUCCUGGGAACCUGAGUUAACAGAAGGUUUGGGUUGAAUGUGUGGUGUGCGUGCCUGAUGCUCCCAGCCUGGUCACUUCCUGAGGAAUGCUUGCCCUCGGGUUCUGGUGGAAUCCAAUUGGCUGCCAUCACAGAGUCUUUCUCCGCAGAGACAGGUUCUCCCUCGGGCUGUGCCUGCAUGAGGCCAUCGGGUGCGAGGGAGAUGGGGAGGGAGCUGUACCCCUUCAAGGAUGAGGAGACUGAGGCGCAAGCAACUGUCCCACCAUGGGCACCUGCCUGCGAGCGAGCUCUGGGGGUCAGCGGAUGCAGCUGGAGAAGCUGCUGGUGGCUUCUCCAGAGCAGGUGGAGCUGUCAGAGGUCACGCCCUGGCCUGGUCCAGCCCAGCACAACCCAGGGGGCCUGCAGGACACUUGUGACCAGGACAGAGGUUCUCAGGGAGGCCAGAGCCUGAGCAGGGCCGAGGGCUGGCUCUGAGGUCUCAGGCCCCAGGGAGUGGUGAUGAGCUGAGAGGGUUGGUAGCUCCCACUGAGUCCGUGGCUCCUGCCUUGGGACCUCUGACCCGGCAUUGCUGAUGAUGUGAGCACGGCCUGUCCACCAGCCUCCUCUGCCAGCAAGGCUCAGCCACCCCACAGCCAUCCACGUGGAGAGCAGUCGUGUAGGCUCUGUCGGCGCCACCCCCGCGUGGGCGUGGGCAGUGAACAAGGGAGCACCCAGGCUGCUGCUACCUUUAAAACAGCAGCUGGCCCUAGUGAGAGAGACCCCAGGCCCUAGUUACAGACUCCAGGCCCAAGGGGCAGACCCCUGGCCGUAGUGACAGACCCCAGGCCCUAGUUACAGGCUCCCGGCCCAAGGGGCAGACCCCUGGCCGUAGUGACAGACCCCAGGCCGUAGUUACAGGCUCCAGGCUCAAGGGCAGACCCCUGGCCCUAGUGACAGACCCCAGGCCCUAGUUACAGGCUCCAGGCCCAAGGGGCAGACCCCUGGCCCUAGUGACAGACCCCAGAUCCUAGUAACAGGCUCCAGGCUCAAGGGACAGGUCCCGGCCCUAGUGACUGACAGACCCCUGGUCCUGGUGAGCACCCCCUGGCCCAAGUGCGAGACCCCUGUUCCUAGUGACAGAGCCCUGGUCGGUCCUAGUGCCUGGCCCCGCUUACUGAUGCCACAUGGACACCUGGGUUUCCAGCCCCUGGACAGCUCCAUGAUCAGAGGCUGGGGCUGCUGUUUCCCCAGCCCUGUCAAUUCUGUUCUGGCAGGUUUUCUGUAAGUUUGGCUUUGGGCAGUCCAGCGUCCAGUCUGAAGGCAUUUCCCAGGAGAUUCAUUCUGACAAAUGGUGCCCAGGUGAUUUUUCGUGGGGCCUCUUGGGAACAGGGACAGCCCGUGGGGUUGGGACAAAGGUGGCCUGGGGUGUCUGGGACGAAGCCCCGCCUAGGUGGCCGAGUCCUUGGAGCUGGUGACACACCUGGGACAGGCAUUCCCUGGCCAGCAAGGACGCUUCGUUCCCUAGGACAGCCACCCUCUGGGGUCUGCCUUUGUCUGCCCCACUCUGGGGUCUGUGGUGCCACCUCUGCCCUUAUCUUCUGUCCUCUCCAAGCCUGUUUUGAAGAUGCCAGUUGGACAACACAGUCUUGCCCACACCCAUGGGUGAGCCCGUAGGCACUGUCCUCCUGACUGCCUGGGGAGGUGCUGUGGGUGUGUGGGAGUGGGGUGGGCUCAGUCUCCAAGCAGGUCCUGGCCCUGGGGGUUGGGGCGUGAGUGGGGUGGGCUCAGCCUCCAAGCAGUUCCUGGCCGGGCCCCACUUGGGCUCCCAUGGGGUUUGGCCAGGGAAGGGGCAUGUGCUGUGAGCAGGCACCUGGGUCGGGGCAGGGCUGGGCACGUCCCUCCUACCAGGGAGGUCCCGGCCAGUGGGAGAGGGUGCAGGUGCACACCUGGAUGCAAGCCACAGGCCUGGGAGCACAGGGCACAGCUGAGAUGGUGGGCACAGGCCUGGGAGUGCAGAGCCACCCCCUGGAGGUUCAGGGCACACACGUGGAGAUGCUGGGUACACACCUGGGAGCUUGUCCUUUGACCCCAGGUGAGCAGUUUGUCUUCCUGGAGUCUCUUCUGCUACACAACCUUCUUUUCCCUCAUGGUGAAAGAGCAGAGCCUCUGGGGGAAACGGUGUGAGGGUCUGCGCCCAGGGCUCAGGUGCGCUGUACCCAGAAAAUGGGAAAGUGGAGGACACCUGUCCAAGGAGAAGCAGCUGGCACAGCUGCAUGCCAUGCUCGGUGGAGAACGCCAAGGUAGAGGCGCUCGCCCAGGCUCGUUGUCCGUCUGACACCUCCUCAUUCUCUUAAAACUAAAUGUAUUCUUAUUACCGUCAUUGUGGAAACAGCACGUGGGUCUAAUGAAGUGAUCCAGACAGUGCAUCUCCCAUCUCCUCUACUCCUGCUCCGUGUUUGUGGCCCGUGUCCUGCUCCUCCAGACCCAGCAGCAGCCUGGCUGUCUUCCCACAGUGGCAUGUCGCACCUAAUUCAUUCUGUCAUUUUUAGUUUAAAAACCUUUUAAAAAAUAUUUUAUUAAACUAAUGCAUGUUUGAGGUAAAACACAAGAACCUAGAACAGUGAAGCUCGGAUGGGCUCUGAGGCGAGUCCCCAUGUGAGACCCCUCAGCACACAGCCCACACAGAGGCGGGCUUUGGAAGCAUUUCUGGCAGCUGGCGUCUGAGGUCAGCACUGCUCCACCCCUUGGUGCAGAAAGGCCAGGGCUGAGUUGGGACGGGUUCCACUUUUCCCUCCUGAACUGCGAGGGCCUGGUUCUCAGCCCUCCCAAGCACCCAUGGACUCACUCCCGUGUGACGGCCAUGGGUUCCUGCAUCUACUCCUUCUUCUCGGCUGUUGAUGGCUGUCACCCUCGUCUUCCUGGGAAGCCCAGUCACCAAGCACUUCUGCAGGGUGCGUGGCCACGUCUCUGAGCUCACACCCACUGCAGGUGGCCUUGCUCCCCUCAGCCUGAGUGGGACAGUGGACAUGGGUAUCCAAGUCCCAGCCUGAAGCAUUUUUCCUCAGAACAUUUGAAGCCAGUGUCUGUCUUCAGUAGAUCUGGCGAUGGCCUGACCCCUGUUCCUUUCUGCCCCUGGGCCUUGGGUGUGGCCUGUGUGUUCUCGCCAUCUGCACUGCUGCCUCCUGGCUGCGCUGCUGCUGGGACCUCCUGCACGGCCCCAUCCUCCACUUCUCCACCUCUGCUGGGUCCCUCCCGUGCAGACAGCUGCAUGGACACUGCUCCUGCCGGCCCUUUCUCCCUCAGCCACUCACACCAUCUGCUAAUGGGACAGCUCACUCUUCCCUCCAAACCAUGGCCUUGGCUCAAGAGCUUCCUUGUUUCUGGAAUGUUCUUUCCUCCAGCUCCAGGUGUUGGAAUUCUGCCUGGUCUGGGUCUCCUAUUGAAGGACGCCCUCCACUGGGAAGGAUCCUCUUGCCUUCACCACUUGUCUUCACCAACCCCUGCUCCCCUCUUCCUCUUGGGGCUGUUGUGGUUGUUGAUACUUUUUUUUUGUUGUGUUUGACACACUCCUUGUUCUCACCCACUAACACAGUUCUCAACCACAGCACUUUCAUCCCUGGAGAUGUUUGGCAGUGUCCAGAGGCGUGUUGAUGGUCCCACUGGGGUUGGGGGUGCUGCUGGCACCAGAUGGUAGGGAGAUGCCAGGGGUGCUGCUCCACACCCUAUGGGACACUGCACAGUACACCUGGCCUGCGUCCCCCACAGCGAGAGCUGGCCCUGGGCAGGCGUGGUCCCUGCGGUGUGUGUUGGUUGGGAUCCUCCACAGUGACAGACAACGUGCUCUGCCCACGUUUCCACAGAGCUCUUUUGCUUAUGGAGCUCACCCCUUUGCAGAGAGCGCAUUUCCCUGCGGUCUUUGGCCUGCAGAAGUAAAAUGAGGGGUGGCCAAUUGCACCCCUGCUGGUUACACAUGGAAAACUCAGGAGCGAGAAUUUUGUGGAGAGCAAGUGAGUCACCUUUCUCUCCAGUGCCACUACUGCGCUUUCGAUGCAGAAUAAUUCAGUAUUUGGCGACUUGAAGUCGGAUGAGAUGGAGCUGCUCUACUCAGCCUACGGAGAUGAGACAGGCGUGCAGUGUGCGCUGAGAUGGACACUCGCUCCGGGAGCCAGUGUUCCAUCACCCCAGAAGCCAUACUCAACAAUGAAGAGCUGGUCCUGCCGCCCCGCAUCUCCAGAGUGAACAGCUGGUCGUUACCCCUGCACUACUUCCAGGUGGUGACUUGGGCUGUCUUCGUGGGCCUUUCCUUGGCCACCUUCAGGAUCUUCAUUCCCCUCCUGCCUCCCGCAUGGAAAUACAUCGCCUACGUGGUGACCGGGGGGAUCUUCUCCUUCCACCUCGUCAUCCACCUGAUUGCCUCCUGCAUCGACCCGGCCGACUCCAAUGUCAGACUCAUGAAGAACUAUUCUCAGCCCAUGCCCAUCUUCGACAGAUCAAAACAUGCACACGUGAUCCAGAAUCAGUUCUGCCACCUGUGCAAGGUCACCGUGCCUCAACACCCUCCCCCAGCCUCCCAUUCCCUGCUGGACGCCCUCUCCCCAGGCCACACAGGGCUGGUUCCUCCGAGGCACCUGGCUUCCAGUGAUGGACCUCUGGCCCUGCCCCAACCUGUGCACUUGGGGCCUGACAGGUGUUCCCCAAUUCAUCCCUCCGGGAACAAGAAAACCAAACACUGCAUUUCCUGCAAUAAGUGUGUGUCUGGCUUCGACCACCACUGCAAAUGGAUCAACAACUGCGUGGGAAGCCAGAAUUACUGGUUCUUCUUCAGCACUGUGGCCUCGGCCACAGCUGGCAUGCUCUGCCUGAUCGCCAUCCUGCUGUACGUCCUCGUCCAGUACCUUGUGAACCCCAGGGUGCUCCGCACGGACCCCAAGUAUGAAGAUGUCAAGAAUAUGAACACGUGGCUGCUGUUCCUCCCUCUGUUCCCGGUGCAGGUGCAGACCCUGAUAGUCGUGAUCAUCGGGAUGCUCGUGCUCCUGCUGGACUUUCUUGGCUUGGUGCACCUGGGCCAGCUGCUCAUCUUCCACAUCUACCUGAAGGCCAAGAAGAUGACCACCUUUGAGUAUCUAAUUAAUACCCGCAAAGAAGAGACUUCAAAACAUCAAGCAGUGAGGAAAGAUCCAUACUUGCAAAUGGACAAAGGAUUUCUCCAGCAAGGAGAUGGCGCCCUGGGCUCAUCUGCACAGGGAGUCAAGGCCAAGAGCUCCCUGCUGAUUCACAAGCACUUAUGUCACUUCUGCACUUCAGUAAACCAGGAUGGGGAUUCGACGGCACGGGAAGCAGAUGAUGCCCCGAGUACAUCUACACCUGGGCUGCAACAAGAAACAACAGAGCCCAUGAAAACUGACAGUGCUGAAAGUGAAGACUGAGAUUCAGGAGCUGAGGUGCCCCUGUGAUCCAGGUCUUCCACCCUGAAACCCCACCCUCCAUCAAGGUCCUGCCUGUAGAGUCUACCUUGCAAAGCCUCCUGCUCCUACCCAUGCUACAGGCCAGGAACCAGAGCCCAUCAUCUCAGAGGCCCCUGGAUGUCCUUCGAAGGAACCAGGGCCCUCAGAGCCCAGCAUCCAUCUCUGUCAUCAUCUUCAUCACACCCAAAGAAGAGCCAGCCUUGCAGGAGGAUUUACAUCUCUGGGAUGAUUGGCUGCCAGCAACUGCAGAGGAUGCAGCCACCUGCUUAACUGUGCUGUCCAGCCAGCCAGCCAGCCAGCUGCAGGGCCUCUGGCUGCUUAAGAAGAGCUGAUGGGCCGGGCGUGUUGGCUCACACCUGUGAGCACAGUACUGAGAAAUGGGAGCACAUUACUGGGAAUUGGGAGCACAGUACUGGGAAAUGGAAGCACAGUACUGGGAAAUGGGGACUCACAGCACUGCAAAAUGGGAGCACAGUAUUGGGAAAUGGGAGCGCAGUACUGUGAAGUGGGAGCACAGUACUGAGAAGUGGGAGCACAGUACUGAGAAGUGGGAGCACAGUAGUGGGAAAUGGGAGUACAGUACUGAGAAAUGGGAGCACAGUACUGGGAAAUGGGAGCACAGUACUGGGAAAUGGGAGCCCACAGUACUGGGAAAUGGGAGCUCACAGUACUGGGAAAUAGCACAGUACUGGGAAAUGGGAACAUAGUACUGGGAAAUGGGAGCACAGUAUUGAGAAAUGGGAGCACAGUACUGGGAAAUGGGAGCACAGUACUAGGAAAUGGGAUCACAGUGCUGGGAAAUGGGAGCACAGUAUUCGAAAAUGGGAGCACAGUAGUGGGAAAUGGGAGUUCACAGCACUGGGAAAUGGGAGCAUAGCAUUGGGAAAUGGGAGCACAGUACUGAGAAUUGGGAGCACAGCACUAGGAAAUGGGAGCUCACAGUACUGGGAAAUGGGAACACAGUAAUGGGAAAUGGGAGCUCACAGCACUGGGAAAUGGGAGCAUAGCAUUGGGAAAUGAGAGCACAGUACUGGGAAUUGGGAGCACAGUACUGGGAAAUGGAAGCUCACAGUACUGGGAAAUGGGAGCAUAGUAUUUGAAAAUUGGAGCACAGUGCUGGGAAAUGGGAGCACAGUACUGUGAAAUGGGAGCACAGUACUGAGAAAUGGGAGCACACAGUACUGUGAAAUGGGAGCACAGUACUGGGAAAUGGGAGCAUAGUAUUGGGAAACCCCAGACCUGGAUUCUGAGUUUUUCAGCCUAGCCCAGACUUCUUAUCUUAGUAGACAAAAAGAGUCAAUACCAGAGAACCAGAGGCAUCCUCUGUAUUUUAAUGAACUCUGCAUUUUAGUCUGUUUAGUAGUCAUAUUUUAAAAGAUAAUCAGUUUUCUAAAUGUAUCUAUAAGUUACCACAUGCAUUGGGCUGUUUUUGUGUUUCUGUAAAGAAAUACCUGAGGCUGGGUAAUUUAUUUAAAAACAUAGGUUAAACUGGCUCACAGUUGUGCAGGCUGUACAGGAAGCAUGGUGCUGGCAUCUGCUUGGCUUCCGGUGAGGCCUCAGGAAGCUUCCGUCAUGGCUGAAGGUGGGGUGAGAGCCAACACAUCAUGUAGUGAGAGCAGGAGCAAGAGAGAGUGGUGGGGUUGAGGGAGCGCCAACAUCUUUAAAUGACCAGAUUUCAAGUGAACUACCAGAGCAAGGACUCACUCAUCACCAAGGGGAUGGCACUAAACUAUUUAUGAGGAACCUGCUCCCAUGAUUCAAACACCUCCCACCAGGCCCCACCUCCAACACUGGGGAUUACAUCUCAACAUGGGAUUUGGAGGGGACAAACCUCCAAGCUAUAUCAUUCCAUCCCUGGUCUCUCAAAUCUCAUGUCCAGCUCACCUUGCAACAUAUAAUCAUCCCUUCUCAAUAGUCCCUGAAAGUCUAAACUCAUUCCAGGAUCAACUCAAUCAAAAAUGCCAAGUCCAAAGUCUCAUCUGGAGAUGAGUUCCUUUCACCUACGAGCCUGCGAGAUCAAAAACAAGUGAUUUACUUCCCAGAUACAAUGGAUACAAUGAUGGUACAGGCACUGGGUAAACAUACCUAUUCCAAAAGGAAGAAAUUGGCCAAAAGAAAGAGUCUACAGGCCCCAAGCAAGUCUGAAACUCAGCAGGGUAGACAUUAAACCUUAAAGUUCCAAAAUAAUCUCCUCUGACUCCUUGAGGCACACUGGUGUAAGGCGUGGGCUCCCAAGGCCUUAUACAACUCCACCCCUGUGGCUUUGCAGGUUGUGGCCCCUGCAGCCAAUCUCAUGGGUUAGAGUUGAGUACUUGUGGCUUUUCCAGGCUGAGGUUGCAAGCUGCCAGUAGAUCAAACAUUCUGGGGUCUGGAGGGCAGAAGCCCUCUGCUGACAGCUCCACUAGGCAGUGCCCUGGUGGGGAGUCUGUGUGGGGCUCCAACCCUACAUCUCCUCUCAGCAUUGCCCUCAUAGAGUAUCUCUGUGAGGGCUCUGCUGCUGCAGCAGGCUUCUGCCUGGGCACCCAGGUUUUCCCACACAUCCUCUGUAAUCUAGGGGGAAGCUGCCAAUGCCCCUUCACUCUUGUGUUCUGUGUUCCUGCAGAUUUCACACCACUUAGAAGCCAGCAAGGCUUACCCUCUAGAGCAGCAGUCCACACUGUACCUGGAGACUGUUGAACCACCACUGUAGCUGAAGAAGUUGGGGUACAGGGACCAGUGUCCUGAGGCUGCACAGGGCAUCAGGGCCCUAGUCCUGGCCCAUUAAGCCAUUCUUUUCUCCUAGGCCUCUGGGCCUGUGAUGGGAGGGGCUGCUGCGAAGAUCUUUGAAAUGUCUUCAAGGUCUUUUUCCCAUUGUCUUGGAUAUUAGCACUUGGCUCCCUUUUAGCCAAGCAAAUCUCUCUAGUAAGUGGUUGCUCUGCAGCCUGUUUGGAUUCCUCUCCUGAAAACAUUUUUUUCUUUGUCUACCACAUGGCUAAGCUGCAAAUUUUCCAAACUUUUACACCCUGCUUUCCUUUUAGGUAUAAAUUCCAACUUUAAAUCAUUCAUUUGCUCCCCUAUCUGAUCAUAGGUUGUUGUUAGAAGCAGCCAUGCCACCUCUUGAAUGUUUAGCUGCUUAGAAAUAUCUUCUGCUAGAUGCCCUAGGUUACCAUUCUUACGUUCAAACUUCCACAGAUCACUAGGACACAAAUACAAUGCAGCCAAGCUCUUUGCUAAGGCACACAAGGGUGACCUUUGCUCCAGUUCCCAAUAACUUCCUCGUUUCCAUCUGAGACUUUCAUGCACGUCCGUGUGAAGAGACCACCAAACAGGCUUUGUGUGAGGAAUAAAGCUGUUUAUUUCACCUGGGUGCAGGUGGGCAGAGUCUAAAAAGAGAGUCAGCAAAGGGUGGUGGAUUAUCAUUCGUUCUUAUAGGUUUUGGGAUAGGUGGUGAAGUUAAGAGCAAUAUUUUGUGGGCAGGGGUGGCUCUCACAAAGUACAUUCUCAAGGGUGGAGAGAAUUACAAAGAACCUUCUUAAGGGUGGGGGAGAUUACAAAGUACAUUGAUCAGUUAGGGUGGGGCAGGAACAAAUCACAAUGGUAGAAUAUCAUCAGUUAAGGCUAUUUUUACUUCUUUUGUGGAUCUUCAGUUACUUCAGGCCAUCUGGAUGUAUAUGUGCAAGUCACAGGGGAUGUGAUGGCUUGGCUUGGGCUCAGAGGCCUGACAUUCCUGCCUUCUUAUAUUAAUAAGAAAAAUAAAACAAAAUAGUGUUGAAGUCUUGGGGUGGCGAAAAUUUUUGGGGGUGGUAGGAGAGAGAAUGGGCGAUGUUUCUCGGGGCUGCUUCAAGCAGGGGUAGGGGCAGCGUGGGAACCUAGAGUGGGAGAGAUUAAGCUGAAGGGAGAUCUUGUGGUAAGGGGUGAUAUUGUGGGGAUGUUAGAAGAAACAUUUGUCGUAUAGAAUGAUUUGUGAUGGCCUGGAUACAGUUUUGGAUGAAUUGAGAAACGAAAUGGAAUAAGAGAAGGAGAAAAACAGGUAUAAAAUAUCUAAGAAUUGGGAGGACCUAGGACAUCUGAUUAGAGAGUGCCUAAGGAGAUUCAGCAUAGUCCUGCCAGCAAAGAUUAUUUAUUUACUUCAAGAGUUAAGAGUAGCAGUUUGGGGAUAGCACAAGGAGAUAUCAGCUGUGAUGGCUUGGAGAAACAGUGUAAACCGGCAGUGUAAACAAGAGCAGGGCAUGUAUGAGUACUUGAGAACAGAGAAUAGGAGUAUGACUAGACAGAAAAUAGUAGGGAUGACAAGAUUUUUUGGGGCACAGUCUAAGUUGGUCCAGUGUCUGGAAUGAGACCGGGGCCUAAUAAAAAGGAGCUCAAAUGGGCUGUACCUUGUAGCAGUCCGAGGACAGGCCUGAAUUCUGAGAAGCAAAAGUGGUAAAAGUAUUGUCCAGUCCUUUUUAAGUUGAUGGCUGAGCUUGGUGAGGUGUGUUUUUUUAAAAGGCCUUUAGUCCAUUCUACUUUUCUUGAAGAUGGAGGACCAUAAGGGAUAUAAAGGUUUCACUGAAUACUAAGAGCCUGAAAAACUGCUUGGCUGAUUUGACUAAUAAAGGCUGAUCUGUUAUCAGACUGUAUAGAGGUGGGAAGGCUAAACUGAGGAAUUAUGUCUGACAGAAGGGAAGAAAUGACUGCGGUGGCCUUCUCAGACCCUGUAGGAAAGGCCUUAUUCAGUGAAACUGUCUAUUUAGACUAAGAGGUAUUUUAGUUUCCUGACUCAGGGCAUGUUGAGUAAAGCUAAUUUGCCAGUCCUGGGUGGUGGCAAAUCCUCGAGCUUGAUGUGUAGGGAAGGGAGGGGGCCUGAAUAACCCUGAGGAGUAGUAGAAUAGCAGAUAGAAUAGCAGAUGGAACACUGAGAAGUUAUUUCCUUGAGGAUAGAUUUCUACGAUGGAAAGGAAAUGAGAGGUUCUAAGAGGCGGGCUAGUGGCUUGUACUAUAGCGUAGCCUGCCUUUGCUGGUGUGUGGUGAUUAGGCCUGGUGGAACCGCCAUCAAUAAAUCAAGCGUGAUCAGGGUGAGAAACAGGGAAGAAGGAAAUGUGGGGAAAUGGGAUGAACAUCAGGUGGAUCAGAGAGAUGCAAUCAUGAGGGUCAGGUGUGGUAUCUGGAAUAAUGUGGGAGGUUGGAUUGAAGUCCAGGCCAGGAACAAUGGUAAUUGUGGGACUUAACAAAGAGUGAGUACAGCUGAAGGAGCCAGGGAGCAGAAAGUAUAUGCAUCAGGUAUGAGGAAGAAAAUAGAUUUUGGAAGUUAUGAGAAAUAUAGAGAGUGAGUUGAGCAUAGCUUGUGAUUUUUAGGGCCUCUUAACAGUAUUAAAGCAGCAGUAGCCACUGCACGCAGACCUGAGGGCUAGGCUAAAACAGUAAGGUCAAGUUGUUUGGACAGAAAGGCUACACGGUGUGGUCCUGGCUCUUGUGUAAGAAUUCUGACUGCACUAACCAUGCCUAGGAAGGAAAGGAGUUGUUGUUUUGUAAGGGAUUGAGGUUUGGGAGAUUAAUCAGACACGAUAAGCAGGGAGAGCACGUGUGUUUUUAUGAGAAUUAUGCUGAGAUAGGUAACAGAUGAGGAUGAAAUUUGGGCUUGACUGAAGUAAUGAGGGCUGUCUGUGAAGCCUUGCGGCAGUACAGCCCAGGUAAUUUGCUGAGCCUAAUGGGUGUCAGGGUCAGUCUAAGUGAAGGCAAAGAGAGGCUGGGAUGAAGGGUGCAAAGGAAUAGUAAAGAAAGAAUGUUUGAGAUCCAGAACAGAAUAAUGGGCAGUAGAGGGAGGUAUUGAGGAUAGGAGAAUAUAUGGGUUUGGCACCACGGGGUGGAUAGGCAAAACAAUUUGGUUGAUAAGGCGCAGAUUCUGAACUAACUUGUAAGCCUUGUCUGGUUUUAGGACAGGUAAAAUGAGGGAAUGGUAAGGAGAGUUUAUAGGUUUUAGAAGCCCAUGCUGUAGCAGGCGAGUGAUAACAGGCUUUAAUCCUUUUAAAGCGUGCUGUGGGAUGGGAUAUUGGCAUUGAGUGGGGUAAGGGUGAUUAGGUUUUAAUGGGUUGGUAAUGGGCAUGUGAUCAGUUGCCAGGGAAGGAGUAGAGAUGUCCCAUACUUGUGGGUUAAGGUGGGGGGAUACGAGAGGAAGACGCAAAGGAGGCUUUGGGUUGGGAAGAAGGGUGGCAAUGAGAUGUGGCUGUAGUCCAGGAAUAGUCAGGGAAGCAGAUAAUUUGGUUAAAAUAUCUCGGCCUAAUAAGGGAACUGGGCAGGUGGGGAUAACUAAAAAAGAGUGCAUAAAAGAGUGUUGUCCAAGUUGGCACCAGAGUUGGGGAGUUUUAAGAGGUUUAGAAGCCUGGCCGUCAAUACCCACAACAGGUAUGGAGGCAAGGGAAACAGGCCCUUGAAAAGAAGGUAAUGUGGAGUGGGUAGCCUCUGUAUUGAUUAAGAAGGGGACGGGCUUACCUUCCACUGUGAGAGUUACCCGAAGCUCGGCGUCCGUGAUGGUCUAGAGGGCUUCCGAGGCAAUCGGGCAGCGUCAAUCUUCAGCUGCUAAGCCAAGAAGAACUGGGAAGAAGUCAGUCAGAGAGCCUUGGGCCAGAGUUCCAGGGGCUCUGGAAGUGGCUACCAGGUGAGUUGAACAGUCCGAUUUUCAGUGGGGUCCCACACAGAUGGGACACGGCUUAGGAGGAAUCCUGGGCUGUGGGCAUUCAUUGGCUUGGUGGCCAGAUUUUUGACACUUGUAGCAAGCUCCUGGGGGAGGAGGUUCUGGAGGAAUGCCUGGGAGCUGCGGUUCAGGCGUUUGGAAGUUCUUGUGUGCUGGAGAUGUGGCUGGGGUUUGUCUCACAGUGGAGGCAAGGAAUUGCAACUUUUUUUUUUAUUAUUGUACACCUUGAAGGUGAGGUUAAUUAAGUCCUGUUGUGGGGUUUGAGGGCCAGAUUCUAAUUUUUGGAGUUUUGUUUAAUGUCGGGAGCAGAUUGGGUAAUAAAAUGUAUAUUGAGAAUAAGAUGGCCUUUUGACCUUUUAGGGUCUAGGGCUGUAAAGCGUCUCAGGGUUGCUGCCAAAUGAGCCAUGAACUGGGCUGGAUUUUUAUAUUUGAUGAAAAAGAGCCUAAAUGCCAUCUGAUUUGGGAUAAAGAAAAAGGAGCAUUAACCUUGACUAUGCCUUUAGCUCCAGCCACCUUUUUAAGAGUAAAUUGCUGGGCAGGUGGGGAAGAGCUAGUCAUGGAACUAAACUGUAAGCCGGACCAGGUGUGAGGAGGGGAGGUGAUAGAAGGAUUAUAGGGUGGAGGAGUGGAGGCUGAGGAAGAAUUGGGACUUAGCUCGGCCUGGCGAUGAGCAGCCUGGGGAGGAGGGGAAAGGUCAGAUGGGUCUGUAGAAAAGGAAGACUGGAAAGACUCAGCGAUGCUUGGGGUUGGGACUGAGGGGACAGGUGGGAGGGAAAGGAGGAUCUGGGAGGAAUCGCAUUGGGAACAGAGGCUAGGGAGGGAACGAAGUGUGAAAAAUGCCUGGACAUAAGGCACCGCAGACCAUUUGCCCAUUUUUUGACAAAAAUUAUUUAGGUCUUGUAGGAUGGAGAAAUUGAAAGUGCUGUUUUCUGGCCAUCUAGAGCCAUUGUCAAGUUUGUAUUGGGGCCAAGCAGUGUUGCAGAAGAAAAUAAGGCAUUUAGGUUUUAGGUCAGGUGUGAGUUGAAGAGGUUUUAAGUUCUUGAGGACACAGGCUAAGGGAGAAAAAGGAGGAAUGGAGGGUGGAAGGUUGCCCAUAGUGAAGGAGGCAAACCCAGAGAAAAGAGAGUGUAGAGACAUGGAGGGAAGGGGUUUGGGGUUCUUACCCUCCAGAAAAGUGGGAAGGGGGGUUGGGGCACAGAAAUAAGGGAUUGGGGCACAGAGAUAAUAGGUUGGGGUGUGGAAAUAAGGGAUUGGGGGACAGAGAUAAGAGGUCGGGGUGUGGAAAUAAGGGAUUGGGGGUUCUUGCACCCUAGAAAAGCAGGACUUGCCACUAAGGGUGAAGGAGAAGGGGUUGAGGGGUACUUGCCCCUCUCCCAGAAAAGCAGUGAAGGGGUAGAGACAAGGAGAGAAGGGAUUGGGGUACUUGCCCUUUCCCCGGAAAAGCAGAGAAGGGGUAGAGACAAGGAGAGAAGGGGUUGGGGUACUUGCCCUUUCCCCAGAAAAGCAGAGAAGGGGUAGAGACAAGGAGAGAAGGGGUUGGGGUACUUGCCCUUUCCCCAGAAAAGUGGGACUUGCUGCUAAGGGUGAAGGACCAAGGCAGGCGUCCCUGCAUGGUCUGACACCCUUGAAACGUGGGUGAAUAAUCACAGAGGUGUCCCUGCAAUGAUUAAACACCAAGAGAAGGCUGCCUUCCCAGUCCGUGACCGGCGCCGGAGUUUUGGGUCCACGGAUAAAACGUGUCUUCUUUGUCUCUACCAGAAAAUGAAAGGAAUUGAAAUUAAGAGAAGGGAGAGAUUGAAGUGUGGCGCCAAGAUUGAAAGGAGAAAGAGGUUGAGGGAUAGUGAGGGAAGCUGGAGAAGAGAGUAAAAAGAGGCCGCUUACCGGAUUUGAAAUUGGUGAGAUGUUUCUUGGGCUGGUUGGUCUGAGGACCUGAGGUCAUAGGUGGAUCUUUCUCACGGAGCAAAGAGCAGGAGGACCGGGGAUUGAUCUGCCAAGGGAGGUCCCCUGAUCCGAGUCACGGCACCAAAUUUCAUGCGCGUCCGUGUGAAGAGACCACCAAACAGGUUUUGUGUGAGGAAUAAAGCUGUUUAUUUCACCUGGGUGCAGGUGGGCUGAGUCUAAAAAGAGAGUCAGCAAAGGGUGGUGGAUUAUCAUUCGUUCUUAUAGGUUUUGGGAUAGGUGGUGAAGUUAAGAGCAAUGUUUUGCGGGCAGGGGUGGAUCUCACAAAGUACAUUCUCAAGGGUGGGGAGAAUUACAAAGAACCUUCUUAAGGGUGGGGGAGAUUACAAAGUACAUUGAUCAGUUAGGGUGGGGCAGGAACAAAUCACAACGGUGGAAUGUCAUCAGUUAAGGCUAUUUUUACUUCUUUUGUGGAUCUUCAGUUACUUCAGGCCAUCUGGAUGUAUACCUGCAAGUCACAGGGGAUGUGAUGGCUUGGCUUGGGCUCAGAGGCCUGACAGAGACCUUGUCAGCCUGGCCUUCAUUAUGCAUAUUUCUAUCUGCAUUUUGGUUCCAACCACUUAAUAAGUCACUAAGUUCCAAACUUUCCCCAUCUUUCUGUUUUCUUCUGAGCCCUCCAAAGUCUUCCAACCUCUGCUCAUUACCCAGUUCCAAAGCUGCUACCACAUUUUCAGGUAUCUUUAUAGCAAUGUCCUGCUCCUCAGUGCCAAUUUUCUGAAUGGACCCAUUUUUGCAUUGCUAUAAAGAAAUACCUGAACCUGGGUAAUUGCUGACAAAAGACCUGAAUCCACAGGUAUAUGAUGAGUAAUUCAUGACAAGCUGCACGAAUAAAAAUAAGAAAUCCAGGCCUAGACACAUUGUAGGGUAAUGGGGAACACAAAAGAAAAUCUAACUUUAAAAACAACCGGAAAGAAACAACAAAUCAUCCAUAGAAGAAAAGCAGUUAGACAGCAGAUGUAUUAAUUGUAACAACACUAGAUACACAAAUAAUAUUCACAAAGUGUGACAAAAAAAAAAACACUUUUGACCUGGAAUUAUGUACCCAGCAACACUAUCUUUAGGAAAAAGAGCAAAUUAAUCAUAGUUUCAGAUAAAUCAAAGCCAAGUUUGCCACCAACAAUCCUACACUGAUGGGACUUCAAAAAAGAUGUAUUUAUUGAGGGAAAAUGUGUAAAGCAAACACAGAUAGAGCCCACAGGGAAUAAUUUUUAAAAAUUCACUAUCACUUGUGGAAGUUUUCAGUGCAACUCUCAAUUACAGUUAGGUCAAUCAUAUUUUUAAAAUAAUAAAAACAUAGAUUUGGACAACACCAUUAACAAGCUUGAAUUAUGGGAUAUCUGUGGAACUGCAAGCUCAUUUAUUAAUAGAAAAUGUGCAUUCUCCUUAGGCACACAAGGAAUAUUGCCCAAAACACUGCUUACUAGCCUCAACAAGUCUUAAAUAACUUCUACAGGAUGGACCAGUGUUCCCCUUUACAUACUUUGUCUGACAAUUUUUCCUGUCUGCUUUUAAAAUUUCUAUUUAUCACUGGGAUUGAGCAAUUUGAUUAUAAUGAGACAUGAUGUCAUUUUCUUCAAUGGUACUUGUGCUUGAGGUACAUUGAACUUCUUGAAUCUGUAGGUUUAUAGGUUACAUCGAAUUGGGGAAAAAAAGGUUGUCAUUAUUUUUCCAAACAUCUUUUUUAAUGCACUACCCUCAUUCCUCAUGUUUUCUUCUCUCCUUUGGGGACUUCAAUUAAACAUAUAUUAAGCCACUUGAAGUUGUCCCACAGAUCACAGAUAAUUUGGCUUAAUUUUUUUUAAAUCCUCUUUGCUUUUGGUUUCAUUUUGGAUAGUUUAUAUUGCCAUGGUUUCACAAUGAAUAAUCUUUUCUUCUUUAAUAUCUAAUCUGCCAUUAAUCCCAUGCAGUGCAGUUCUCAUUUUAUACAUUGUAGCUUUCACCUCUAGAACAGUGAUCCAGAGUGUUGUUAUAUCUUCCGUGCCUCAAAUUAGCUUUUACAAUAUGUGGAAUACAGUUUUGAUAUUGUUUAAUGCCCCUGUGCCCGUUCUGGAUCAGUUUUAAUAGACUAAUUUGUCUCCUUAUGGCUAUUUUCCCACUUGUUUGUGUGCCUAAUAUUUCUGAUUGGAUGUCAAAAAUUGUUGCCUUCUCUGGUGUUGGAUAUUUCUGUAGUCCUAUAAAUAUUCCUGAGGAUUUCACAGAACUGACAAAAGACAUGAAUCCACAGGUAUAUGAAGAGUUGAUUUAUGAUGAGCUGCAUAAAUAAAAAGAAGAAAUCCA